CCACACUUAACCCUCUCAUCCCCUCCCCAAAUCAACCAUGGCUGAUCAACACUACGCUCAAUUCCAAUCCCGGCCCCACUACUCUUCGCCGACGCCGCGGAGCCACCAGAUGGUCAAGGCCGCCACCGCCGUCACCGCCGGCGGAUCCCUCCUCGUCCUCUCUGGACUCACCCUCGCCGCCACCGUCAUCGCCCUCACCCUCGCCACGCCGCUCCUUGUCAUCUUCAGCCCCGUGCUCGUGCCCGCCGCCAUAGCCAUGUUCAUGCUGGCCGGGGGGUUCCUGGCCUCGGGCGGGUUCGGGGUGGCCGCCCUCAGCGUGCUGUCGUGGAUCUACAAGUACAUGACCGGGAAGCACCCGGUCGGGGCCGACCAGCUCGACACCGUACGCACGAAGCUCGCGAGCAAGGCCAGGGACAUGAAGGACAGGGUGGACCAUAAUGUGUCCGUUGCGCAAAGCUCUUGAUUCGGUAGCGUCUGUGUGUGUUGUACUUGUUGCAUUAGUGUUAUGUGUUUAUGUAUUGAUUUGAUGUUUUCCGUGAAGUACAUUUUCAGUGUCGAUCAUCAUUUGUAGUCCGGUGAGGAAAUAAAGAAGUUACUUGCAAUCAGAAUAAUUUUCGCUUUAAAUGUGUUGAUGCAAUUUAGAGUAAUUGUGUA